AUGGAGCUCUUUGCCGAAGGAGAGCAUGUCUUCGCCGUGGAGAGCAUCGAGAAGAAACGGAUCCGGAAGGGAAGGCCCGAGUAUCUGAUCAAGUGGAGUGGCUGGUCACCCAAGUAUAACACGUGGGAACCAGAGGAAAACAUCUUGGACCCGUGCCUGCUGGUCGCCUUCCAAAAUAGGGAGCAUCGGGAGCAGAUGAUGUGUUAUCAGAAAAGAGAUCCAAAACCAAAACAUGUUUUGUUUCAGGUCCCAUCAUUUACUCGUAGAUCCAGCAUCCUCUCUGGCCUGCAUGAAGCAUCACAGGAUGAUAACAUCUGUCUUGAAACUGCACGGAUGCAGCAGAUCACUGAAAAACAACACUACUACCAGCCUGACCCCAAAAUAUACCAGAAUGUAAAAGAGAUGGAGGCAACUGAAGAAGGCUGGAACAUUCCUCAGGCCCUGCAGCAGAAAUGGGUUCAAGAUGAGGACACUGGAUGCCUCAGCAAAGUAAGAGACAUCACCAUAAAGCUUGAGAAACUUCCAGCUAACUUCAGUGGUGGUGAGAUGCCAAAACUUGGCUCCAGUCUUGUUGCCAAGGAAGCCCCUGCCAAUGGAAUAAGCAGCAAGUUGAAGAUUGUGAAGAACAAGAAUAAAAUUGGUCGAAAAGUCAUCGUCAUGAGCAAAUAUGCAGAAAAUAGCAGCCAGGCAGCUGAGAUUAAAAAUGAGGAAGCAGAUUUUGGGGUAAAGCAGCUGCUACAGAGUCCAUUAAAAUUCACAGAUAGUGCAGUGGAAAUGAAUUGGUACUCUAAGAAGCACAGCCUUGAUAAUGAUUGUGAAAAGGACAGCAAAAUUGAGGCUAACCUUCCCACAUGUGGAUUUACAAAUGGAGUGUUCCACUCUGCUGUGAAUCAUUCUAUUACAAACAAAGGGAAGGAAUUAUACAAUUCAGCACCUAAUCAACCUGAUCAACCAUCGCAGUUGACGGGCAAGUCCAGUCUGGCCCCAAGGCCUUCAGAAAAGGGCGUCCUUCUUCAUUCAGAUCAAAGGAGUGGUGACAAAUGGCACUACUCACAACCAGACAGCGAGUGGGAAGAUGAGACCAGAAAGUUCUUGAGUUUUCAGAUUAUAAAUGCAUCAAACUCAGGGACAAGUCAUUGGCAAAUCAAUGACACACACCUUAAUGGACACAGGUUUGAAUUUUCUGACCACGCAGACAAGCCCACAGACCUGAGUUGUUCACAGUCAAGAAAAGAGAGUGAUUCAAUCACAAACUGUCAAGUAAACGGUAACUCUAAAACAUCUGAGAAGGAGGUGGAACCUCGUCCACAACAUACAGAGGAGGAACUGGAAUCUGAACUUGUUCCGAGCUUCACUCCUUUUUGUGGGAAUAUAAUAAUCACAGACAUAACUGCAAACAGCCUCCCUGUGAUGUUUAAGGAAUAUGUUACUGCCUAGAAAUGACUGCUUUAUAAAAAAAUUCUGACAACAUAACUCUUAAUUUAUACAAAUGUAAAGUAGAACUGGUCUUCGUGCUUGAAGAUCACCUUAACU